CGCCGCCGGCGAAAUUGUGCUUCUCUUUACUAUGCCCUCUGCAUCUAUCCGGCGACGUCUUUCCGGCGAUUCUUUCUCUCUUCUAUUUCCGGCGACGAACGGCGAUUCUUAAUCACCUGAUAAUACAAAGGUCAGACGGUUGCUUCCUUGAAUCUUUCUUGAUUUUAUGUACUGGUACUUUGUAAAUCUAUCACCAACUGUUCGACACAAGUCCUGAGUGAAUUUGAUGCUUCUGUUUUGCAAAUUUAGAUGUUCUAGUCUAUUUGGAUUUGGAUUUGGAUUUGGAUUCGUAUUUUUCCUUCUUGCGUGAUGGAAUGAAUGAUUGUCGUUUGCUCAAGAUGUUAAUAAAAUUGACAAACUUGAUUAUGCGAAGAACUGUACCCAAGAAAUACGAUUACCUUCCUUACAGCACAAUACAAUUACAGACUACAACCGCUGUAGAAAUAACGGAGGUUUGUAGCUUGGUUUCGAAAGGAGUAGGCAGUUUAGAUGAUCUGGAAUUGUCUUUAGAUAAUUUAAAUCUUCCUUUAGCAUCUUCACUUGUCAGACAAGUCUUUGAGUCUUCUUGUAAAUCUGAAGCACCCACUAGAAGACUGCUCAGAUUCUUCUCAUGGUCAAUGGAAAAUUUGGAAUCUAAGUUGGAAGAUAAAGAUUACAAUCUAGCAAUUCAAGUUUUCAGUGAAAGAAAAGACUUGAAGGCAGUUGAGAUAUUAAUGUCUGAUCUCGUUAAGCAAGCUCGGUCGUUGAAUAGCUCUACUUUCAGUCUUGUAGCCGAAACAUUAGUAAAACACGAGAAAGAAGACGAGGCAUUGGGAAUUUUCAAGAACUUGGAUAAAUUCAACUGCCCACAUGAUGUAAUCACAGUAACAGCAAUAGUUAACGCUCUUUGUGCGAAAGGGCAUGCUAAACGAGCCGAAGGUGUUUUCUUACACCAUAAGGAUAAAAUAGCAGGUUCUGAGCGUUUAAUAUAUAGGAGCCUCAUUUACGGUUGGUCUCAGCAGUGUAAUGUUAAGGAAUCGCGUAGAAUUCUUCAGGAAAUGAAGUCUGCAGGAUUUGUUCCAGAUAUUUUCUGUUUUAAUGAGUUCUUGAGGUGUCUUUGCGAGAGAAAUCUGAAAUCUAACCCUUCUGUUCUUCUUCCAGAGGCUUUGAAUGUUUUGAGGGAGAUGAGGAGUUAUGGAUUGGGACACUCCACGACAAGUUACAACAUAAUUCUAUCGUGCUUGGGCAAGGUAAGACGGGUUAAGGAAUCUCUUCAAGUUCUUGAAAGAAUGAGGAAAACCGGAUGCUUUCCUGAUUCAGUUAGCUAUUACCUUGUUGCCAGAGUUCUUUACUUGACUGGGAGAUUUGGAAAAGGUAAUGAGAUAGUGAAUUAUGUAAUUGAAAUGGGUUUGGUUGAAGAUCAUAAAUUCUUUUACAAUGUUAUUGGGAUUUUGUGUGGUGUUGAAAGAGUGAAUUAUGCUAUAGAGGUGUUUGACAAAAUGAAGAGUAAAUCUUUGGGUGGUUAUGGUCCUGUUUAUGAUUUGCUAAUACCGAAGCUAUGUAGAGGAGGUGAUUUCGAUAAGGGGAGAGAGCUUUGGGACGAGGCUCGAUCAAUGGGGGUUUGUUUAAGUAUUUCGAGUGAAGUGUUGGAUCCAUUGAUCACUAAGGUUUUCGAGCCUGUGAGAAAGGAAAAGAAAAAAGUUACUCUUAUGGAGUCUAGACUUUUGAGACUCGAAUUGAAAGAAAGGAGUAGAAAGAGCAAGAAGAAGAAAUAGAAGCAUAAAAUGGAGAGGAUGGUCCAAAUUCGAAGAAUAUCAGAUGUUCAAUCUCCUCGAUUUCUGUUGAGUUAUUGCGGAGUUGGGGGCCAUUUAAUGAGAUGACUAAUGAAUGUGGGUUCACACCUUAGUUGGGUAAUGUUUGUUGCUUAAAUGUAAGUUGUCUUCAACUUCAAUUUCAUUUGUUGUCUUCGAUAAAUUUCUUGGAAGGGAAUCAAACAAGGUUCCUAAGAUGACCUAGCCUGACUGUUAUUAGACUCCAUUGGAUCCAGCCAAAAGGGACAAGAGAAAACAUAUGCCAACCAAAGAAGAUCCAUUUUUACCAAAUUUGACUGAGCAAGAGUUUCUUUCUUUUGUAAAUUAUUAUAUUAUCAAAUUUGUUUACAUCUUAGAUAUGUAGAAGCCAUUGAAGUAUGAAAGUUAUGCAAAUGAUAUA